AUGUGUAUUGCUGAGUGGCUAGAAUUAAGUGAUCUACAACGAGAUCCACCUGCACACUGCUCAGCUGCCUCUGUUGCUAUGUUCCACUGGCAAGCAACUAUUAUGGGACCGCCUGAUAGUGCCUACCAAGGGGGAAUAUUCUUUUUCACAGUACACUUUCCAACAGACUAUCCUUUCAAGCCACCAAAGGUUGCUUUCACAACAAAAAUCUACCAUCCAAACAUAAAUAGUAACGGAAGUAUUUGUCUUGAUAUCCUGAGGUCACAGUGGUCACCAGCCCUGACAGUAUCAAAAGUGUUGUUGUCCAUAUGCUCCCUACUUUGUGAUCCCAAUCCAGAUGAUCCCUUAGUUCCAGAUAUGGCACAAAUCUAUAAAUCAGACAAGGAAAAAUACAACAGACAUGCAAGAGAAUGGACUCAAAAAUAUGCAAUGUAA